AUGAGGAUAAGCUUACUGUAUAUAAGACGCAGACUUGGUCUACGUCUGUCUAUUGUAACUAUUGAUCGCCUUAGCGCACCGCCGCCUCUCGUGGACUGGUCAGGGGUGCCGACGUUGAUUUUGGCGUUGGUGGCGCUAGUUAUGGCUGUGACAGCUCUACUUACGAAGACUGUAGACGGUAAAAGGCCCACCCGCUUACCUGGACCACCUGCUUUACCUUUCCUGGGAUCGAGAUGGUUAUUCUGGAGCCGUUAUAAGAUGAACAAACUGCAUGAAGCGUACGAAGACAUGUUCAGGCGAUACGGGCCGGUGUUUGCGGAGACAACGCCGGGAGGCGGACUACUAGUGUCCAUCGCUGACAGGACAGCACUCGAAGCUGUGCUGAAGACACCAGCUCGAAGGCCAUUUAGACCUCCGACUGAGAUCGUCCAAGUGUAUAGAAGAAGCCGACCUGAUAGAUAUGCGUCUACAGGGAUAGUUAAUGAGCAGGGUGAAAAAUGGCAUCAUCUUCGUCGUCAUCUUACCUCAGAGCUGACAAGUCCUCAAACUAUUCAAGGCUUCGUCCCUGAAUUGAACAAUAUAUGUGAUGACUUCAUAAAUCUGCUGAGGAACUCUCGCCGGUCAGAUGGUUCCGUAGUGGGAUUCGAUCAACUCACCAAUCGAGUGGGUCUUGAAUCCGUGUGUGGUCUUAUGUUGGGGACGAGGUUGGGUUUCCUUGAGCGUUGGAUGUCAGGGAGGGCUGCUGCUCUGGCUGCAGCAGUGAAAGCGCAUUUCAGAGCUCAAAGGGAUUCCUACUACGGCGCCCCCUUGUGGAAGUUUGCCCCGACGUCCUUAUAUAAAACGUUUGUGAGGAGCGAAGAGACGAUACAUAUGAUAGUAUCUGAACUGAUGGAGGAGGCCCGCCUUCGGUCACGAGGGGCGGCUCAAGACGAUCCUCUACAGGAGAUCUUCCUCAAGAUACUCGCGAACCCUGAACUGGACAUGAGAGACAAGAAGGCCGCUAUCAUAGAUUUUAUAACCGCUGGUAUUGAUACGCUCGCGAACAGUUUGGUGUUCCUUCUAUACUUGCUGAGCGGUCGCGUGGAUUGGCAGCAGAGGAUCCGUUCAGAACUGCCGGCUUGUGGGGAGCUGCGUAUUGAGGAGCUGUCUUCAGCGCCGUCAGUGAGGGCCGCGAUCAAUGAAGCAUUCAGACUUUUACCCACCGCGCCCUUUCUGGCUAGACUGUUGGACGCGCCGAUGACGAUUGGAGAUUACAGGCUGCCAGCUGGGACGUUCGUGUUAGCUCACACUGGCGCGGCGUGCAGGCGUGAGGAGAACUUCUACCGCGCUGGAGACUUCCUUCCUGAGCGAUGGGUGGAGCCACGCGAGCCUCACGCACCCGGGCUACUGGCGCCAUUUGGAAGAGGACGUAGAAUGUGUCCCGGGAAGCGGUUCGUUGAAAUGCAGCUGCACUUGAUACUGGCCAAGAUCAUCCAACAUUGGCGCGUGGAGUUCGAUGGUGAGUUGGACAUACAGUUUGAUUUUCUUCUAUCACCAAAGUCUCCCGUGUCUCUGCGGCUAGUCGACUGGUGA